AUGAUCAACCAAAUAUUCAACAAUUUAAGUGCCCAAGUGAACUACGGAUUUGCAAACUUCGAUCAAAGGGCUAUAGUUCUCGAAGACAGAUUGGGAGUGGAGAACGUUCAGAGAUGGACCCCGUACAGAUGGGAUCCCAACUACAUGCCUCAAGGUGGCGCUCCCGGAGACUUUAACCAAGGUGAAGAGAAGGGCUCUAGUGCACACUGUCUGGUGCACCAGAUAGCCUCAUGUAUUAUGGUUGCUCAUGAGAUGGUUUGUGGUGGUGUGAGACGCAAGAUCGGGGAUGGUAAAUCUACUUUAAUUUGGGGUCACCCAUGGUUACCUGAUGAGCCGAGCCCAUUGGUGCAAACCGCCAUGCCCCCUACGUUGCAUGCUGCUUUGGUGUCAGGAUCCCUAUUAGCCCGGAUUAUGAAGACUCAUGGUUCGGGUUGUUAUUCUGUGAAGAGUUACUAUAGACACAUUGUUGAUGAUUAUGUAAACCAUCCUGGGGACUUUGACAAAUGGAUCACCCUUUGGAAACUAAAGGUUCCUCCCAAGUGGAUGACUUUUUUAUGGAGGGCUCUAAAUGAUAUUCUCCCCACAACCACCAACUUGCUUUUAAAGAGGGUAGAAGUGAGCCCAUCAUGCCCUCUAUGUGAUCGUACUCAUGAGAAUACAAUGUACUCCCUUGUUUUGUGUGAAUUUUCUCAACUUGUGUGGAAUAUUUCUUCAUUAACUAUAUUUUCUAUUACUGGCAACACAUUUUCUUUAUGGUUUAAACAUGCAUUGGACGUGUGUAGCGAAGAUAACCUGGCAUUGAUUAUGGCAGUGCUGUACCACCUCUGGAAUGCCCAGAAUUCCGCUAUCUGGAAGGGUUGUGUACCGCUGCCAAGGAGGGUUCUCGAGAAUGCGACGUCAUCAUUGCAUGCAUGGCGACAAGUCCAUUCUCCACUCUCACUAGCUGCUCCAACCAUCACCGUUCCUGUUCUAUCAUCGCCGAAGCUGCCCAGAUGUCUUUUCGAUGCCAAUUAUCACCACUCGAUGGGGAAAGCAGCGUACGGGGUAGUGUUAUUCCCAUCCAAUUCGGUUUUCGUAGCGGCUUGCGACGAACCCUUACCAGUGUGCUCCUCUACUCUCAUGGCGGAGUCUAUGGCAUGCAAGGAGGCGAUGUCGUGGUUGAAAGAUCAAGGAGUGUUAACCGUGGAUCUCAACACUAAUUGUUCGGAGCUUCGACGUAUUUUAUCUUCACAGGUGCCCAUUUUAUCGUAUGUGUGUUUGAUUAUAGAUCACUGUAGGACUGCUUUGUCCACUUUUACCAAUUGCACUUUAUGUUUAGUACCUAGAUCAGCUAAUAUUAUAGCUCACACUUUAGCAUAUGCAACCGUUUCUCAGGCUAAUUCAUUGUGUGACACCCCGUAA